AUGCAUCAUGCACGUGCGCAGCAGGUGUCCUGGACGCCGGCGGUAAAAGGCGCCGGCGAGAAGGGGCGGUACUCUACCAAGCCGGUCUUGGAGUCCGUAAGCUGGAGCGUUUGCCGCAAACAGAAGGUGGGGCUGAUCGGCCCCAAUGGCUGCGGGAAGAGCUCGCAGCUCCUCAUGCUUCUCGAGGAAAUUGAGCCAACAGGCGGCAGGAUCAUCAAGCACCCGCAGAAAAUGAAGAUUGCUUACAUGCAGCAGGAGGCUGACCUGGACAAUGGGAAAACGGCUGUGGAGGAGCUGCAGUCGGUCUUCGGUGACCGCACGCUGGCAGAGGUGGAUGCUGCCAUCGACGCGGCAAGUUCAAAUGCCAGGCUAGAAGAGAUGGACGGUCUAGUGGAGGAGCGGAGUCAGAUUGAAAAGCACGUUGGAGAGGUUGAGGACUUGGUAUUGCAGCUGGAUCUUGUCUCAUAUCGGGACACCUUGGUACGAGAGUUGUCUGGCGGAUGGCAGAUGCGCGUGGCCCUGGGCAAGAUUAUCCUGUCCCGGCCGGAUCUAAUCCUUCUGGAUGAGCCGACAAACCAUAUCGACCUGGAGACGGUGGAGUUCAUGGAGGCAUUCCUGAGAGCCCAAGAUGUCGCCAUGGUCAUCGUCUCUCACGACCGCUACUUCCUAAACCAGGUGUGCAAUCGCAUCGUGGAGAUUGCUGACGGCGAAUCAAAGACGUAUUUUGGCAAUUAUGUAGAGUAUUUGGAGGCACGGGAUGGGUCCUUCUACCACCAGUGGAAGGCCUACAACCUUCACAGGGACAGGGUGCUGGCCUUGAAGAAGAAGAUCAAGAAGUUGCAGCAGCGAUUCUUGAUGGACGUUGUUGCAAAGAAGAAGCAGGAUCUGCAAAGGCUGCUCGCCAAAGCCCCUCCGAAGCCAGAGGUGAAGGUGGUCAAGAACUUCCGCUUCCCAUGUUCACUGAAAGUGGCCUCCACGGAGGAGGAAGAACCUGAGGAUGCUGAUGACAUCUGGGGCUCAGAGGCAGAGCCCCUGACACUGCUCGAGGUGCAGGAUCUCAGCGUCUCGUUUCCAGACAAGGCGCAGAGAGUGCAACUCAUCCAGGGCGGGGAGCUGUGCUGCGUGCGUGGUGUCUCGGGGUGA